AAAGACCUCAUGUGGUCCCACUAACUUUCUGACUCUGGCUGGCGCAAUGGACACGGCGUGGCUCUUAAUGGUCCUGGUGCAUACUGUCUUGAUUGACAAAGGACCCUGUUUGACACUUGAUGGCACCAAAUCGAAACCCAAUGGGGACCUUGACAAAGGAGUAAUGUAUGCUAACAACUCCGUUAAGAGGGUUUAUGAAUUUCUUCAGUCAAUGAAGUCCAUGUUGGAAAAGCAAGUUAAAGAAGUACAAAUGGAAACUAAAGAAGUGGAAACGGACGCAUUGCUGGGCUUAAGAGACAUUUUCCAAGUAAACAAGCUGAAAGGACAAAAUACAGUGACUGAUUUAUUUCAGCAAAUGUCCAAUGUCCAGAAUGAAAACUACACCCACAGCCACCACCAGAGUGACGACAAGGGCCAUGACAACUCAAGCCACUGGCACCGGAGUGACGACAUGGGCCACAAUGUGACUUCUGAUGACCACUUUGACCACUCAAGCCACGGCCACCACCAGAGUGACGACAUGGGCCACAAUGUGACUUCUGAUGACAACUCAAGCCACAGCCACCACCAGAGUGACAUGGGCCAUCACCAUGACAACACAAGCCACGGCCACCACCAGAGUCACGACAUGGGCCACAAUGUCACUUCUGAUGACCACUAUGACAACUCAAGCCACGGCCACCACCAGAGUGACGACAUGGGCCACAAUGUAACUUCUGAUGACCACUAUGACAACUCAAGCCACGGCCACCACCAGAGUGACAUGGGCCAUCACCAUGACAACUCAAGCCACGGCCACCAAAAUGACAUAGGCCACAAUGUGACUUCUGAUGACCACUCAAGCCACAGCCACCACCAGAGUGACAUGGGCCAUCACCAUGACAACACAAGCCACGGCCACCACCAGAGUCACGACAUGGGCCACAAUGUCACUUCUGAUGACCACUAUGACAACUCAAGCCACGGCCACCACCAGAGUGACGACAUGGGCCACAAUGUAACUUCUGAUGACCACUCAAGCCACGGCCACCACCAGAGUGAUAACAUGGGCCACAAUGUGACUUCUGAUGACCACUAUGACAACUCAAGCUACGGCCACCACCAGAGUGACAUGGGCCAUGACAACACAAGCCAAGGCCACCAAAACGACAUGGGCCACAAUGGGACUUUUGAUGACCACUAUGACAACUCAAGCCACGGCCACCAUCAAAGUGACAUGGGCCAUCACCAUGACAACACAAGCCACGGCCACCACCAGAGUCACGACAUGGGCCACAAUGUCACUUCUGAUGACCACUAUGACAACUCAAGCCACGGCCACCACCAGAGUGACGACAUGGGCCACAAUGUAACUUCUGAUGACCACUCAAGCCACGGCCACCACCAGAGUGAUAACAUGGGCCACAAUGUGACUUCUGAUGACCACUAUGACAACUCAAGCUACGGCCACCACCAGAGUGACAUGGGCCAUGACAACACAAGCCAAGGCCACCAAAACGACAUGGGCCACAAUGGGACUUUUGAUGACCACUAUGACAACUCAAGCCACCGCCACCACCAGAGUGAUGACAUGGGCCACAAUGUGACUUCUGAUGACCACUAUGACAACUCAAGCCACAGCCACCAAAAUGACAUGGGCCACAAUGUGACUUCUGAUGACAACACAAGCCACGGCCACCACCAGAGUCACGACAUGGGCCAUGACAACACAAGCCACGGCCACCAAAAUGACAUGGACCACAAUGUGACUUCUGAUGACCACUAUGACAACUCAAGCCACAGCCACCAUCAGAGUGACGACAUGGGCCACAAUGUGACUUCUGAUGACCACUACGACAACUCAAGCCACGGUCACCACCAGAGUGAUGACAUGGGCCACAAUGUGACUUCUGAUGACCACUAUGACAACUCAAGCCACAGCCACCACCAGAGUGACAUGGGCCAUCACCAUGACAACACAAGCCACGGCUACCAAAAUGACAUGGGCCACAAUGUAACUUCUGAUGACCACUAUGAUAACUCAAGCCACAGCCACCACCAGAGUGACAUGGGCCAUCACCAUGACAACACAAGCCAUGGCUACCAAAAUGACAUGGGCCACAAUGUGACUUCUGAUGACUACUACAACUCAAGCCACGGCCACCAUCAGAGUGACGACAUGGGCCACAAUGUGACUUCUGAUGACAACUCAAGCUACGGCCACCACCAGAGUCACGACAUGGGCCAUCACCAUGACAACACAAGCCACGGACACCAAAAUGACAUGGGCCACAAUGUGACUUCUGAUGACCACUAUGACAACUCAAGCCACGGCCACCACCAGAGUGACAUGGGCCAUCACCAUGACAACACAAGCCACGGCUACCAAAAUGACAUGGGCCACAAUGUAACUUCUGAUGACCACUAUGACAACUCAAGCCACAGCCACCACCAGAGUGACAUGGGCCAUCACCAUGACAACACAAGCCAUGGCUACCAAAAUGACAUGGGCCACAAUGUGACUUCUGAUGACUACUACAACUCAAGCCACGGCCACCACCAGAGUGACGACAUGGGCCACAAUGUAACUUCUGAUGACCACUACGACAACUCAAGCCACGGCCACCACCAGAGUGACGACAUGGGCCACAAUGUAACUUCUGAUGACCACUAUGACAACUCAAGCCACAGCCACCACCAGAGUGACAUGGGCCAUCACCAUGACAACACAAGCCACGGCUACCAAAAUGACAUGGGCCACAAUGUGACUUCUGAUGACUACUACAACUCAAGCCACGGCCACCACCAGAGUGACGACAUGGGCCACAAUGUAACUUCUGAUGACCACUACGACAACUCAAGCCACGGCCACCACCAGAGUGACGACAUGGGCCACAAUGUAACUUCUGAUGACCACUAUGACAACUCAAGCCACAGCCACCACCAGAGUGACAUGGGCCAUCACCAUGACAACACAAGCCACGGCUACCAAAAUGACAUGGGCCACAAUGUGACUUCUGAUGACUACUAUAACUCAAGCCACGGCCACCACCAGAGUCACGACAUGGUCCACAAUGUGACUUCUGAUGACAACUAUAACUCAAGCUACGGCCACCACCAGAGUCACGACAUGGGCCAUCACCAUGACAACACAAGCCACGGCCACCAAAAUGACAUGGGCCACAAUGUGACUUCUGAUGACCACUAUGACAACUCAAGCCACAGCCACCACCAGAGUGACAUGGGCCAUCACCAUGACAACACAAGCCAUGGCUACCAAAAUGACAUGGGCCACAAUGUGACUUCUGAUGACUACUACAACUCAAGCCACGGCCACCAUCAGAGUCACGAGAUGGGCCAUCACCGUGACAACACAAGCCACGGCCACCAAAAUGACAUGGGCCACAAUGUGACUUCUGAUGACCACUACUACAACUCAAGCCACGGCCACCACCAGAGUGAUGACAUGGGCCACAAUGUCACUUCUGAUGACCACUAUGACAACUCAAGCCACGGCCACCAUCAGAGUGACAUGGGCCAUCACCAUGACAACACAAGCCACGGCCACCAAAAUGACAUGGGCCACAAUGUGACUUCUGAUGACCACGACGACAACUCAAGCCACGGCCACCACCAGAGUGACGACAUGGGCCACAAUGUAACUUCUGAUGACAACUCAAGCCACGGCCACCACCAGAGUGACGACGUGGGCCACAAUGUAACUUCUGAUGACCACUAUGACAACUCAAGCCACGACCACCAUCAGAGUGACAUGGGCCAUCACCAUGACAACUCAAGCUACGGCCACCAUCAGAGUGACAUGGGCCAUCACCAUGACAACACAAGCCAAGGCCACCAAAACGACAUGGGCCACAAUAUGACUUCUGAUGACCACUACGACAACUCAAGCCACGGCCACCACCAGAGUCACGACAUGGGCCAUGACAACACAAGCCACGGCCACCAAAAUGACAUGGGCCAUCACCAUGACAACACAAGCCACGGCCACCAAAAUGACAUGGGCCAUCACCAUGACAACACAAGCCAAGGCCACCAAAAUGACAUGGGCCACAAUGUGACUUCUGAUGACCACUACGACAACUCAAGCCACGGCCACCACCAGAGUGACGACAUGGGCCACAAUGUGACCUCUGAUGACCACUAUGACAACUCAAGCCACAGCCACCAUCAGAGUGACAUGGGCCAUCACCAUGACAACUCAAGCUACGGCCACCAUCAGAGUGACAUGGGCCAUCACCAUGACAACACAAGCCAAGGCCACCAAAACGACAUGGGCCACAAUGUGACUUCUGAUGACCACUACGACAACUCAAGCCACGGCCACCACCAGAGUCAUGACAUGGGCCAUCACCAUGACAACACAAGCCACGGCCACCAAAAUGACAUGGGCCACAAUGUGACUUCUGAUGACUACUACAACUCAAGCCACGGCCACCAUCAGAGUGACGACAUGGGCCACAAUGUGACUUCUGAUGACAACUCAAGCUACGGCCACCACCAGAGUCACGACAUGGGCCAUCACCAUGACAACACAAGCCGCGGACACCAAAAUGACAUGGGCCACAAUGUGACUUCUGAUGACCACUAUGACAACUCAAGCCACGGCCACCACCAGAGUGACAUGGGCCAUCACCAUGACAACACAAGCCACGGCUACCAAAAUGACAUGGGCCACAAUGUAACUUCUGAUGACCACUAUGACAACUCAAGCCACAGCCACCACCAGAGUGACAUGGGCCAUCACCAUGACAACACAAGCCAUGGCUACCAAAAUGACAUGGGCCACAAUGUGACUUCUGAUGACUACUACAACUCAAGCCACGGCCACCACCAGAGUGACGACAUGGGCCACAAUGUAACUUCUGAUGACCACUACGACAACUCAAGCCACGGCCACCACCAGAGUGACGACAUGGGCCACAAUGUAACUUCUGAUGACCACUAUGACAACUCAAGCCACAGCCACCACCAGAGUGACAUGGGCCAUCACCAUGACAACACAAGCCACGGCUACCAAAAUGACAUGGGCCACAAUGUGACUUCUGAUGACUACUAUAACUCAAGCCACGGCCACCACCAGAGUGACGACAUGGGCCACAAUGUGACCUCUGAUGACCACUAUGACAACUCAAGCCACAGCCACCAUCAGAGUGACAUGGGCCAUCACCAUGACAACUCAAGCUACGGCCACCAUCAGAGUGACAUGGGCCAUCACCAUGACAACACAAGCCAAGGCCACCAAAACGACAUGGGCCACAAUGUGACUUCUGAUGACCACUACGACAACUCAAGCCACGGCCACCACCAGAGUCAUGACAUGGGCCAUCACCAUGACAACACAAGCCACGGCCACCAAAAUGACAUGGGCCACAAUGUGACUUCUGAUGACCACUACGACAACUCAAGCCACGGCCACCACCAGAGUGACGACAUGGGCCACAAUGUAACUUCUGAUGACCACUAUGACAACUCAAGCCACGGCCACCACCAGAGUCACGACAUGGGCCACAAUGUAACUUCUGAUGACCACUAUGACAACUCAAGCCACAGCCACCAUCAGAGUGACAUGGGCCAUCACCAUGACAACUCAAGCUACGGCCACCAUCAGAGUGACAUGGGCCAUCACCAUGACAACACAAGCCAAGGCCACCAAAACGACAUGGGCCACAAUAUGACUUCUGAUGACCACUACGACAACUCAAGCCACGGCCACCACCAGAGUCACGACAUGGGCCAUGACCACACAAGCCACGGCCACCAAAAUGACAUGGGCCAUCACCAUGACAACACAAGCCACGGCCACCAAAAUGACAUGGGCCAUCACCAUGACAACACAAGCCACGGCCACCAAAAUGACAUGGGCCAUCACCAUGACAACACAAGCCAAGGCCACCAAAAUGACAUGGGCCACAAUGUGACUUCUGAUGACCACUACGACAACUCAAGCCACAGCCACCACCACAGUGACAUGGGCCACAAUGUGACUUCUGAUGACAACUCAAGCUACGGCCACCAUCAGCGUGACAUGGGCCAUCACCAUGACAACACAAGCCAUGGCCACCAAAAUGACUUGGGCCACAAUGUGACUUCUGAUGACCACUAUGACAACUCAAGCUACAGCCACCAUCAGAGUGACCUGGGCCAUCACCAUGACAACUCAAGCCACAGCCACCAAAAUGACAACGUGGACCCUCACCAUGACAACAUGGGUUACAAUGUGACUUCUGAUAACUCAAGUCACCAGAGUGACGACAUGGGUCACAGCCUGACAUCAAACUACCACAAUGACAACUGAAGCCAUGACAACGACCAAGUUGAGUUGGGCCACAAGGUGACAUUUAAAGUGCAACGUCAUUCAAUCGGAGCAGUAAUGUGACUAUGCUUAAUGUUCAUAACGAAAUGUGUUUUUUUUUUUUUUGUGCGGUGUCUAAUGUCAGCAGGAAGAAAACAUCAAGUAUUUAUGAAAUCUGGAUUUAAAAAUAAACAAAUUUACACCCAA